UGUUAUGGUGGUGUAAGGAGAUGAAUAAAAAAUGCAAGUUUAAAUUAGAUCCUUAGAAUUGCAGAGGAGUACAGAAAGUGUACUGUUGUGAAGUGACUAGUUAGCCAGUUGGCCCUCCUCCUGUCAAUCUAUCCAUGGCCCCUUAAGACUGUAAAAAAAGCAACCUGUUUUAGCCAUCUGCCACCCCUCCCACUAGAUAGCAUGGAAGCAUGAACAAGUAAUGUCUCUUCAAUGGCAACUCUUUUUGGCUCUUAAUAAUGGGAGGAUUUCCUCAAAUAAGAACACCCCAAACCCCCAUUUGAGCCAUUUGAGAUUCGGUCCUUCCCUUUCACAUGAGGAGUAGGAGAGAAAGAGUGAUUUUACCUUUUAUUUAGGUGGGUUUUUCUCCUAAGCUCCAUUCUCUCUCUCUCUCUCUCUCUCUCUCUCUUUUUGGUACAUAUCUCUCUCUCUUGUUGAAUAAAAUAAGGGACACAAGAACUUGGGGUGCUUCACAUUUCACAGAUCCCUAUGGAAUACUCUCCUACUGUAAAGCUCUGUAACAGUGUUUUUUCACAGCGCUCUUUGUUGAAACUCAUUCCUUUUGCUUAGUUUAAAGAAAAAUGGUUGUUCUUUUUACAGAGCUUUUUUGCAGGUAUUUUGCAUAGAUAGGAGUGUGGAGACAACCUUCAAAAAAAAAAAAGUAGAGAGAGAGAUUAAAUAGAAAAAGGAGUGUUCAAAGUCCUAGAGAUCAGAAGUGUUUGUAUUGAGAUCUUCCUCAUCAGUUCCUUGGCUAAAAACAAAGAGAGAAGCAGUCCCAAAUGGAAGCAACAGACACUCAAGGAAUGAUAGUUUAAGGGUUUUGCAAUGAUUGAGUUUGUUUCUUGGUAGAUAAAAAAAAAUAGAAAGAAGUUUUAGAGAGAGAAGAUGAAGUCCAUGAAUAACUGGCUUGGUUUCUCUCUCUCCCCUCAACUGCCAUUAGAGGUUCAAGCAGAUGCUCAUCAAUCUCAGCCUGCAACUACAGUUCCAACCAGUUUCUUUCUUUCCCCUCAUCUUAACCCCUCUGGUAUUUGCUAUGGAGUUGAUGCUGAACAUGGGGGUUACUACUCUCAAAUGUCUUCAAUGCCUCUCAAAUCUGAUGGCUCUCUCUGCAUCAUGGAGGCCCUGUCAAGAUCACAUCCAGAAGGAAUGGUGCCAUCUUCUUCACCCAAACUUGAAGAUUUCAUGGGAACUCAACAAUAUAGUCAUGAUAGAGAAUCCAUGGCCCUGAGCUUAGACAGCAAUGUCUAUUUCCAGCAAAACCCACACCAUGAAAACACCAGGAACGCCAUGAACCUGCAACAUUUGAGGAAUGUUCAGUUCCAUCACCCAUCUUUCCAGCCAUUACAGGGAGCCAUUUGCUCAACAAUGGGUGGGCCUGUAAUGUAUCAGAGCCCACCAUUAGAGGAGCAGGCAAAAGAAACACCAUUAUUAGAAAACUGUAGCUUACAGCUUCCCACCAUGGCCGAAGACGGGUUAUCAGGCUUGAAAUCAUGGGUUAGGCAUUUUACUACAGCUUCACCAAUGGAUCAUCAAAAGAUGAACAUGGGUGGUGAUGAAAAUGGAAAUGGAAGUGUGAGUUCAACUAUGAAUCCAAUUGGGUAUGGAGAUUUACAGUCAUUGAGCCUAUCGAUGAGCCCUGGUUCUCAGUCAAGUUGUGUAACUGCCCCUCCCCAACAGAUGGCCAAUAAUGGAGUGGUCGAAUGCUCGGUGGCCAUGGACUCAAGAAAGAGAGCAGGUGGGAAGCUGGUUCAGAAGCAGCCUGUUCAUAGAAAGUCCAUUGAAACUUUUGGGCAAAGGACUUCUCAGUACAGGGGUGUUACAAGGCACAGAUGGACUGGCAGGUAUGAGGCGCAUUUGUGGGAUAAUAGUUGCAAGAAGGAAGGGCAAACUAGGAAAGGCAGACAAGUUUAUCUUGGGGGUUAUGACAUGGAAGAGAAAGCUGCUAGGGCUUAUGAUUUGGCAGCCUUGAAGUAUUGGGGUCCUUCAACUCAUAUUAACUUUGCUCUGACUAACUAUCAGGAGGAACUUGAGGAAAUGAAGAACAUGAGCAGGCAGGAAUAUGUUGCUCAUUUGAGAAGGAAAAGUAGUGGAUUUUCCAGAGGAGCAUCAAUGUAUCGGGGCGUAACCAGGCAUCAUCAGCAUGGGAGAUGGCAGGCUCGAAUAGGCAGAGUUGCAGGAAACAAAGAUCUCUACCUUGGAACCUUUAGUACUCAAGAGGAAGCGGCCGAGGCGUACGACAUAGCUGCAAUCAAAUUUAGGGGUGUGAAUGCAGUGACAAACUUUGACAUCUCACGCUACGAUGUAGAGAGAAUCACAGCAAGCAACACCCUUCUGGCUGGAGAACAAGCUAAGAGGAUCAAAGGCAGAGAAACCCAAGAGAGGGAAACUCUAGAGAGGGAGACCCAUGAACGCAUUGACGAGAACCAGGCAAUCAUAUGCAGGCAAAAUAGCGUGGGGGACCCAAGUAUCCCUGAUGGAAGCACCAGCCAAGCCUCUACUGUCCAGAAGCUCGAUCAGAAGCUCAUUAGCUACAGAAACCCAUAUCUCUCCUCAAAUUUGCAUGAUAUAGUCACAAUGGACAGUUUGAAUUCAGGUGAGAGAAUCGAAGAUUCAAACAGGUUUAUGAGCCAUUUAUCAAACAGCUCGUCGAUGGUUACAAGUUUGGGCAGCAGCGGAGGUGAGGACCCGAGGCAGGGGAGCCCUGAUAAGAGCAAUGGAUUGUCUAUGAUCUUCUCAAAGCCAAAAUUCAUGGGCUCAGCCCCUAUAAGUACAUGGAGGCCUUCAAUUCCAAUGGCACACAUACCAGUUUUCGCAGCUUGGACUGAUACAUAGUUGCAGUGGUGACUGCAAAAUUUUGCAAGGUAUUCAAUUUGGAGUAGGUGGGGUUGGAUUUGUUGCCAUGGUGAAUAGAGAGAGAAUGUUAAUGGUGGGGUUAGGUGAGUGAGAUGGGGGAAUUCAUGAUCACUGUGGUCAAAGUGGACCAGGGAAAUGUCUGUAGUUUUUGGGGGGAAGCUCAAAAGUUUUGAAAUACUAACAUGGGAAGAUCUGCAACAGGAAGGGUUUGGGAUCAAUGAUUUCAUUUUGCAAUGAUGGUGUUGGAAGAUCGAUCUCUCUCUGUCUCUCUCUCAUGGAGGAUGAAUGUUUCUCUCUCUAAAUCUCUUUCUCUCUCUACUUCAGUCCAUUUAGUGGUAGUACGGAGCCAGCUCAAUGUUAUCUCACGCCCUCUCUAAUUUUGAAAUGAUGUGUUCAAACUUUGAUCUUGGAAAGUUACAAUUUGACCAAA